AUAUACCCGAUCCUCUUGCUUAUGGGGACAGUCGUCGAAUUCAAAUAACCACUAAAAAUUUAGACUGUGCUUACGAUCGACAGAUCAUAGGCACACAACCGAUUAUUCAUAAAGGUGCCCAUAG